GCGUCCUUUUCCUGUAGUACCGUAGGCAGGAAAAUAAGGAGCAGCCCGUAGAGAUCUUCUUAUUUUAAUUAUAUGUUUGAGUUUAGAUGUUCCCGGAGCUUCAUUAGAAACAUUUAUUCAUAACCGUCCGCUCAGUGAUUCCUCACCUGUCUCUAUAUCUGCAGCGCGAUGAUUCGCUUCAUCCUCAUCCAGAACCGAGCAGGGAAGACCAGACUGGCCAAGUGGUACAUGCAGUUUGAUGAUGACGAGAAACAGAAGCUCAUUGAGGAGGUGCAUGCAGUGGUCACUGUCCGUGAUGCCAAGCACACCAACUUUGUAGAGUUUAGGAACUUCAAGAUCAUUUACAGACGGUAUGCUGGUUUGUACUUCUGUAUUUGCGUGGACGUCACGGACAAUAACCUGGCUUACCUGGAGGGUAUUCAUAACUUUGUGGAGGUUUUGAACGAAUAUUUCCACAAUGUCUGCGAGUUAGACUUGGUCUUCAAUUUCUAUAAGGUGUACACAGUGGUGGACGAGAUGUUCUUGGCCGGAGAGAUACGAGAAACCAGCCAGACGAAAGUCCUCAAGCAGCUCCUCAUGCUGCAGUCGCUAGAAUAGAGAGACGUUACAGGCAUACGUCUUCACCCUCGGAGCAGGCGGCUUCACCUCCUCCUCCUCCACCUGAAAGCCAGUCAUGUUGUUUCUGUGUAUGGAUGUUGUUGAUUAAAUAUGUAUACUAACAUUUCAAGUUGUGCUAUGGAAGAUUUUAGGAUUUUGAACAUGUAGAGAUAGGUGUCUUUAAUUUAGAGGUGCUUUUCCACUGCAUGGUACAAUCACUACUUGACCUUAUUUCACAUUAGACAACUUUGGGUACCCAGUAAAUGGAACCAGGUAUGCUUUUUUUAGUACCUGUUCUCUUGUGGUUUCAGACCAGCUGAAUAGGGAUUAUAAUUUGUCAUAUAAAAAGUAAUCGUCACUUUGUGCAACCCAAAAGGCCACAAAAAAAAAAAACGAUAGUGACACGCCUUGGUUGGGGAAAGAUAAACCAGGUAUGAGGUACCAAAAAUAGAAGAGUAGAGAUUAGUAGUAAAGUCAAGUACUGUGGAGUAGUGUAGGUACCAUACAGUGGAAAAUCACCAUAAGACAAAUCCAUAAGGACGGAUGGAAAUCUAGAUAAAUGCUUAAUUCUGAAUGUGGCACCUGUGCUCUUUACUGCCCAGUUACAUGGUCUAGUUUGGUCUAAUCGAGUCACAUUCUGUAAAAUUACAGAAUACUUAAUCAAGCAGUCCCUGUUUAUUCAUUUUACAUGCUUUUGCUCUGUACAAAAUCUUGCAUAGUGUAUCUUUUAUGUUUUUGAAUUCAAGUGGAUGGGUCACAGAUUGAAGCUGGACAUUUUUCCCAUUUUUUUUUUUUUAUGAAUUUGUUCAGGGUGGGCAUAUGUAUUUUUGAGUGGCCUAAGUGGUUUAUUAUUGUUCACAUAUUCCCCAGGUUGUAUUAUCUCAAUACAUGUUGUAUUGUAUUCUCAAUUCUGCCUCCAGAAUUAUGCAGUUCUAGAACAGCUGCCCCUAAAGCAUGGUGCUGUUCCUCCAUUCCUACUCUUCCCAUAACACUAAAGCAGCAACUUAAUGAACAGAAGCCACCUCAGCACUGGAAAUGUGAUCAUCUGUCUCAACUAAUUAAAAUCUACACUACCUGCAAUGUAGAACAAUGUAGAAAUGUAACUGGCGCUACAUUAACUUUGUCUAUUGUUUAUUUGCUUAUAGGUCUGUACUGUACACAGGUCAACCAUAAUAUUAGCACUACUGACUGGUGAAGUGAGAAAAGUGAAAAACGUUAGCAAGCAUAAAGAUCUGAGUAAAAAUAACAAGAACUAAAGUGUUGGGAUAGAUGACUGGACGGUCAGAACAUCUCCAAAAAUUGUCAGGUUAGACUUGUGGGGUUUCCCUGCUAUGCAAUUGUCAAAGAAAGAAGAAUUUUAGCCCCUUUUGACCAAUACAAGUCCAUUUGGAUAUUUAAGAACCUUGGAGAUUUUUUUUCAGUGAACCAGCCCACGUUUGCACCAGUUUUAGUUGAACACAGUAGAUACAUCACAGAAUAUGCCAUCUACAGAACGAGUUGCACACUACUAUUUUUCAGUUCCAGCUGAGAACAACCUUUUUGGGUUCCAGGAAAACCUAUUUCUGUGGAUGGAUAUGAGCAAGAUGGUUUAAAAUUGGGUGUGCCAACCAAAACAGACUACUUCAAGUUCCACGCUCAUCAGUGAACCAGUGACCGUCUUUAAGACCCUACCUCAACUUAAAGGACAUAAAAAGAUCUGCUGUGGGUAAAUGGUGAUGCUUUGACGUUAGCAGCCAGAGUCUGAGAGAAUUCUCUUGUUCUCUGUUGUUGAGAUGUUGGCCUGCACAGAUAUCUGAUAGCUGAUUUAUUGUAGCUGGGUAUCCGUCACUUUCCUUCGAGCACAUUGGCUGCCUAGUGAUGCUGCAUUAGUUGCAGUUGUAAAACAGGAGAUACUUGUGGAGAACCUACUCAAUAGACAGUAGUAGGCAGGUGGUGCUAAUGUUAUGGCUGGUCAUGGUGUAUACAUUUCUCAAAUCCACAUAAGGCAACUUUUAUAUUCUUUAUUAGACAAAAGUCAUUCCUUUUUUAUUAUUAUUAUUAAUCAUGAAAUCACUGGGUCUGUUAAGCAGAAUCUCUCAGUGACAAGUCCAUUUUUUUGUAUCGUGUGUAAUAUACAUUAUAUAUAUAUAGAAACAAUAUGUAUCAUAUAUACUUAGAUCAUAUAGUAUAUGAAACUAACAGCUUUUCAUUCCAUUAAACAAACCGUUCUGUCCUGUCUUUUUCCUUUGCUUUCUUCCAAUCUUCUUGCCAAUCAUAUCCCACUGUGCUGAGAUCAGCUGCCACACUGGCUAAAUGAUCAUCUAACAGGCCUAGAAGAAGUCAAGUUAUUACCAGUUGCUGGGGUGUGUGUUGGCUGCGGUAACGAAGGCAGGCUCCAGGCUCAGAGGCCGAGCUUGUUUAGCCAGCAAGGCCGAACAGAUCCGAUGCCACUUAAAGGAGGAACACAUGACAAAAGCCUGCAUUUACUUUCAUCUCCAACUUUUGUGGCACCGGUCCCUGUAUUCUGGGUAGCGUAGCAACCGCUCAGCUCAGCCUUGAAUCUCUUUUUUUUCCAGGGCUGGUUUUCAGGAUACUGAGUUUCUGUGAUUAUAAACUAGAUCUAAAACUGGUGUAUUAAGCGUUAGUUUCAUUAAGUACUGUUAAAUUCUGUGUUUUUUUAAUCUUUUGUUUUUUUCUUUUUGAAAUAUCCUAUGAAAUCUCUUAUGCACUUGUCCCUGUGAGAUGGCAGAAGGAAAUGUGCCGUUUCCACUCGCUGUUUCCAUUUGUAUCAGUAUGUAAACCCACCAACGUGAAACGAAGAAAUAAAAUUCCUCAAGUUAUAUGAA